AAGUGAUAACGGAUAUCGUGACGGCGGAACGUCAGCUCCCCAUUCGCUUGUUGACAACGAAUGCCUGCACCCCCGCGCAGCAUGGGGAAGACUAACAACGUACUUCGGCUGCCUCACGUUUUCGUGACAGUUCAGAACAGAUUUACGUGACAGCUCAGGACAGCGUUUGCGUGACAGCUCACGUUCAGAAGGUUCUCUUGUUGUUCCCUGGAAAGUCUGGACACCUUGACAGUGAUGCGUCCAUCUCCUCCCACGUUUUUCGCUAACAUGUGACAAGACUGGAUUCCAACAGCGGUUCGCGCUCUGUUCCAUUCUUCCUUCUUUGAGGCUCGGUGAAGCGCCUUCCUUUCAUAGACACUGGUUGGCAUCUGUAACAAUAUGGAGAGGAUGCUACCGGGUGAAGUAGGUGACAGCAAAGUCUCCAACAGUGGCAACUCCAAUUGUUCAACUAGGCCGUGUAGUGCACCAAUCACCGAUGCUUCCCGGACCACGGAUGUCUACGUCGUACACAGCAACGAGAAUUUUACCGAGAAAGUAGGAGAGAACACUUCUGACAACCUUCCCCUCGCCUAUGAGAAACCAACGCCGUUCUCUCGAAUAUACCACUACCUUUAUCUCGCUCGUCUAGAAAUUUUCUUCUUCGCCUAUAUAUUCAGCCGCUGCAUGGUAAGCACGCCCAUAGGGGACCUCUUGCUUCACAAGGCCUGUCUGAACAGCCUGCAGUACAAUGCUUCCAUAUGUGAACAGUUGGAUCGCUAUCCCGACGUUAAGGACGCUGCCGAGAAAAUCGGCAGCAAUUGCGGAAUGUUCAGGGUCAUUAUUUCCUUCGGUCCUUCGGCAGUCAUCGCUAUCUUCAUCGGCCCCUGGUGCGACAAGUAUGGCUACAAGACUCCAUUACUGAUAAGUAACGUCGGUUGCAUCAUCAGCACCACCUUGGUUCUUGCGACUGCUUACAUGAUGGCCCUACCUUUGUACUACGAUGUCCUGGCUGCGAUACCGGACGGUCUUAGUGGAGGCUUCAUCGCUGUCUUCAUGGCUGUGUACAGUGAAGCCACCGUAACGACUAAGGGAGGUCAGAGGCGCACAAAGUUUUUCCUUUUAAGUUUAUGCAUGAAUGCCGCAUUCCCACUGGGUGGGCUCAUCGGUGGACAAAUUUACGGUCGAUUUGGCAUCUGCGUCGUUUUGCGGGCAUCGAUCUGUCUGCUAGUGAUUUGCCAGCUUUGGGUUACGUUUGUAUUGACUGUGCCCGAAAGAGUGAAACUGCUGAAUCAUAGCCCAUGGACGAAGCUUCGCUCUUUCUUCAAACUCGAGAAUCUUGUGGAUGGGUUCCGGACGUGUGUACGAGAUAGACCCGGCACGGGGAAAGCGCAGUUGUGGCUGAUAUUUGCAGCGCAAUCCCUCAUGAUCGUGGACAUGACGGCCUCAACCGUGGCCUACUACUUUGUGCGAAAGAUGUACUCUUGGAGCGUGGCCUACUACACCACAGUGAACGCUGUGUCUUCGGGGGUCACCUACGCAUUCUACUUUCCCACCAUGUUUCUCUUCACCCGGGUGCGGCAAGUAUCAGAUCUCUGGAUGGCUGCCGUAGGAACUUUCUUCUCUGUGGCCCAGUUCGUUAUAUGCGGGCUAGCUUACAAGGACUGGUUAUAUUACGUUCAGUUUGCCGUUGGCAUCCCGACGUUUUUAGGUAGCGUGGGCAUCCGAACUCACCUGUCGAAAAUCGUGGAAGGCCAUGAAGUCGGAAAGGUGUUCUCGUUCUUCGCAUGCUUCGAGUCCAUCCUUCCAAUUGCUGGAGAGGUCGUAUUCACCAAGAUCUUCCAAUGGUCUCUUGACUUCUUCCCAGGAAUGGUGUACCUCACAGCAGCUGCCCUUUCAUUCUGCGCCGUUCUGUUGAUCGGGUAUUGCAUCCACAUUUCGAGUCAUUCAUACGCUCCAAUGGAUGAAGAGAACGAAAGCAUUUGUGAAGACAAUUGCAACAUCAACACCUGAGCGUUUCUGCUGAGUGCUAUGUGUGAGAGUGAGCCAAAUUCUGGUAUUUUAGAGAGAAGGCAUAAAAAAGAGCCUGCUACAUGAGAGAAUCCAAAAACAAAGAGGUGCAACCAGAUAGAACGCAAUAUGUGCUGACGCAAAAAUACCAUAAGUGAACAUUGCGUGCUUCCAUGAAUUUUCCAAAGGCGUCAGAAGGCGCAUAACUCCAUGGUUUCAGAUUCUCCAAGGGUAGAUGACGUCAUCCGGAGUUUCGGCGUCUCUCUCCUGAUAACAGCGCGAGCACCUCCGUUCCUCGCCGAACGUUGGAAGGGUUUGAUUUCUACCAGCAACUGUGGAGAGGAGACUGAAAUGGGGGAGACUCUUUUCGGCUGUAGUUCGAGUCACACGGGCUCCGCCUCUCGGCGAACGUCAUAUGUCACGUGAGAAGGUCGCUUCUGCCCGCGCGCUGGACAUGUGCUCGUAGUUUUAUAAGGUAAAUGUGUUUUACGCGCACUACUGCAUAGCCUUGCUGGAUGGACAUGAGACGAGUUUGGUUAAAACCGACAGAGGUUCGCUACACUGAGUGCAUUCAGGUGGUUCUUCCUCUCGAGCGAAACCAGGAAGUGUCUAGCCGCUUGCCCGGGCAAAAUAGGAAAACCGACCGGUGACAGCGCUGGGUAUCUGUCACUCAAAAUAGUUCAUACGGCAAGGAAAGGUUUUGUUCGUUUAUUAAACCAAGCAUAUCAUUCCAGAUUGCAAGAAGAAGAGUAACUCGUUCACUGGUCUUCGCGGGCAAGAUGCGCGGGGGGGGGGGGGGGGAUAUAUUUAUUAGACCAAAUAAAAAGGGGGAGGAAACGCAAGAUGGGGAUCAGUGUUUGCCGAACGGCAACACAAGAGCUUGCUGCUGAACUUCGGAAAAUUUUGCGAUCCACAACUACAAAUCGCAAGAGGACUGUUCUGAAGUCCUUGAACUUUAUAAUAUCUAUAUCUGGAAAUUCGGAAGCACGUACAACAACAAUAAUAAAUGAUAGAGAAGUUAUGAUGGUGUGCCGUGUUUACCCCUGGUAGCCUCAGGACACCUUCCCUACUUCACCGAGACUAAUAUGAGAGUAAACACGUUACACGUACAAAAGUUACACAUAGCCAUGAUAGUCUAUACUAUUUUGUGAAGUAAGAUAAAUGUGAAAAUCGCCGUGCAUCGAAUACAUAACGCUGAAUUCGAGAAGCCGUAAUGGGGUAACACGCCUCGAACAGAGUACACAGGCAACAGCGUAAAUAAUGUUUCAUGACGUGUUGGAAGUGCUGACUGUUUCAACGGAACAUUUAACGCAAUGUUUAUCGUGUUCUCAGUCUGACGGGCUGCGUACAUAUAACCGCUCUUAAUACCUUUUUUGGAGUGAGAACUCCCCAAAAAAUCGCAUAAAUUGCCCUACUUGCAAACAGUUCUGCCGCUGUGCACAUACCAAUCUUACCUCCUCGCCUUUACUCUUCCCGCUCCCGCCUCAUCCCUUGCUCUCUCUGUCUCUCCUCACGUGACAUAUGACGCACGCCAUGAGGCGGAGCCUCUGUGACUCGAACUACAGCCGAAAAGAGUCUCCCCUGAAAUCACCUGAAAUGGACCUUCGAGGAGCAAUGUUGCCAGGCGCAUCGCCGACUACACACCCUAUGACAUCAUAGGGCACGACAUAACGCGUAAUGGCAUGACGUCACAUGGCAUAAAUUCGAUAAGCUUGCAAACACAGAAAUUUUAGUGCACAGUGGCACUUUAGCGGCACUGUUGCCUUCAGUGUCUCGGUAGUAAAAAGAAACAUGCAUACCGCAAAGCUGCUAAAGCUUACUCCACGACUGCCUCACGAGCAAGCGCUUUUUCAUUUCAUUUAUUUCACCUUAAAUGCCGUUGCGGGCUUUACAUAAGGGAGUGGAGUAAAUUGACAAAGCAAUUUGAAAAUUUUCGCACAAACAUGAUGCAAACUUGAAGUUAAAAAGAAAAAUAAUAAUUGAAAAUAAAGGAAAGCCACAAAUAGUUAGACACCAUACAUAAUAAGUUAUUAAUGCAAAAAAUAUGAAUACAGAAGUGAACCUUGUAGUAAAACACGCUAGCAAAGAAGAUAUGUUGACAAAUGGGAACGAAAUGAAGCACUGUCCGGUAUGUUUAUUAGUGAUUCGGGUAGACCAUUCCAUUCACUUAUUGCGAGAGGUAGAAAUGAGUUAGAGUAAGCUAAUGUUCUGCAUUGAGGACGUCUUAUUUUGUAUGGAUGAUCAAUGCGAGACGACACAUAGUCAGGCGAAGGUGAUGGUAAAUGCUGUGUAGCAGUGUGAGACGUGCAACCUUGCGACGGAUGUUAAGUGGAGGUAACUGAAGACUAGAUUUCAUUUCUGUUACGCUGGAGUGACGAGAAUGAUUAGAGCAUAUGAAGUGACAGGCACGGUUUUGAACACUCUCGAGCUCACGGGAAAGAUAGUCUUGGUGAGGGUUCCAGAUGGAUGAGGCAUAUUCUAACUUACUAAGGAUGAGUGAUUUGUAAGCCAGUUUCCUUACUGUGAUGGGAGCAUGUUUUAGAUUGUGCCUGAGAUAGCUGAGGGUUCUGUUAGCGUAAUUUAAUAUAUAAUUUCUAUAAUUAUAUAUAUUAUAUAAUUUUCCUUAAUUACACCAUGAUUAUACCUUACCUACAUUACUAACCCGUAACCGUCAUAAGUUCGGGAGUGCUACCACCCAAAGGCACAGCCUUAUAUGCUGCUUUUGCUCUCCUUGAGGUGACCUAUAUGCCUCAUCGUUUAACUACCUUUGUUGUAUCUGUCUUCACCAAAAACAGCACUGCUCCGCCGUCCCCGCACACGAUUUUAUAUUUCCUUAAUGGGAGCUCUGCUAACAUUAAUUCAGAUGGCGUGUUAAAAUUAAUUGAUACUCUGAAGUUGUCUACGUCCGGGUUUGAUAAUAUCGAAGGGGGAUUUGUGUCUGUCCGUCCAUCCGUCCGUGCCUCUCAGUUCGACUUGUCUUAAUCUAUGUUAAUGGCUUAUGAGCGUGUUUAACAUCUAACAUCAAACUACUGUAUUUGCUGAUGACUGCGUAAUUUAUUGUUAAGUAACCUCUCGUGAAGACUAUGUUCUACUACAGGAGUGUCUUAACAAAGUAAGCAGUUGGUGUGCUGAUUGGCAAAUGCCGUUGAAUAUCAACAAAUCUAAAAUAAUCAAUUUUGUGGGUAACCGAAUGCCAUUGGGUUUCCUUAUUCACUUAACAAAGUUCCUUUACCACACUUGGAUAACUAUAAAUGCCUGUGUUGAGUUUUCUUUCAAUAUGUCUUUGGCAACACACAUAAAAUCACAUUAUUUCCAGUGCUAAUCAACCACUCAGUUAUGCCUCAAUCUUAAAAUUGUUCCACCUCACUUCAAACGUGUUUCGUUUCACCCACUCGUCAGACCGACCACGGACUAUGCUUUGGCCAUAUUUGGGACAUGUUCCAACAUUAUCUUAUCGAUCCCGUCGAAGCUGUCCUGAACUCCGCUUCCAGAUUUAUCCUAUGUAACUGUGAUUUUAAUGCAUCCACAAUGGCAAUAAAAACCGAACCUGACGUAUUAAGUCUUUCAAUUCAGCAUCCAGCUUCCUGACUGUGUUUCUUAUACAAAAUGUUUCUUCGCUCUUCAUCUGUUUCGACUUUUGAUGUCUCUGCCCCGCUUAGAUUGUUCUUUUAAGUUAAAGUGUCCUCCCUGUCAAACACUAGCUUUUUCAGAAAUCUCUCGUGGCACGUACCAUGAAAGAACGGAACUCUCUUCUUCAACUCAGCACAAGACUAAAACAAUUUAAAGACGUGCUUUUUCAUUAUUCACUCACGUGUAACACCUGAUUAUAUUUUGUAUUCUACGCUUGCUCAUUUAUCAACGUCUACAAACAUUUUGUGAAUGUUAUCAUUUUUUGUUGUUGCUGUUAAUUUAGUUUUGAUUGUUGUCGUGUCAAUAUGUGGUCAUGAAGAGUUACGUAUACCCUUUGUAUAUCCAUGACAUAUGUCCAACUUCUUUCUCCAAUGCCCUCUUUGGGCCCUGAAUGUACCUAAAUAGCACAAAUAACUGAAUAUUUAAAAUGCUGAAUAUGUAAUAUAUGCAUGUGCAAUACAAGAAAUAAAGGCACCAAACAUCUGC